AUGUCUCGACUGGUUCCGUACUUGGUCACACUAGAACCGAAGCGCAUAGCUCGUUUUGUUGGAGGUCUAGCUCCAGAAAUCAAGGCAAGUGUGAAAGCAUCAAGACCUACCACCUUUAGCUCAGUGGUUGAUCUGUCUUUAUCUCUUACUCUUGAUGCGGUUAGGCAGAGAUCGCUUAAGAGUUCCGAUGAAGGAAAAAGGAAACGUGAAGAUGAGAACUCACGCCGUUCUGAUAAGAAACAUAAAGGGAACUCAGAUCAUAAGAAGGGUUCUGGGUUUGAAACGAAAUCUCAGUCGCAGUCGCAGCCUAGGGCUUGUGGAAUCUACGAGUCUAAGGAGCAUAAGACCCUAGAUUGUAAGAAAAUGAAGGACACAACUUGUUACAACUGUAACGAGAAGGGGCAUAUCAAGACUAAUUGCCCCAAAUAUGCAAAGAAACCUGAAGGACGCAAAUUGUAA